AUGACGCUUAUGCGUCUAGAACCGACGAUGCGAAAGAGUUGGGAAGAGAGCAUUGGUAAACGGGAAAUGUUUCCGAAAUACGAGGAACUUGAGCAAUUUCUGAACGGUAAAAUACACGCUUUGAAUGUGGCCUCGAUUAAAAGCGGAGUCACAUGCCUUAACGACAAUGCCAGAACGAAAAAUAUUAGGAGUAAGAACGGUGUUGACUCUAAGGUUACAUCGCACGUUGCGAAUACUGAUACUUCAGUUUGUCAUUUGUAUUCAGCUACUCAUCACAUAUCGAAGUGCGCGAAAUUCAAGGCAAUGUCUGCAAGCGAACGUUUAGUUUCCGCCAGAGCGGUACAUUUGUGUUUUAAUUGUCUCACUAAAGGACAUUUUCCGCCGAGCUGUAAAGGCAAAUCGGGUUGCGAUAAGUGUAAGAAGCGGCAUCAUAAAAUGCUUCAUGAAGCAUUCUCGCCGCGCCCAUCAGAUCCCGAGUUACGACACAGUAACGCACUUACUUCCGUUUCGAAUGUCGAUUCCGCGAAUUCAUCUAAUUUAACUUCGUGUCAUUCGGGAGUCGCCAAGUCAAAAACUUUAGGGCCGGUGUUGAUUGCGACCGCGUGGGUGUUCGUGCGCACGACUGAAGGUCGGGAACUGCCAUUCCGCGCAGUUAUAGACUCGGGCUCCGAGUGUUCGUUGCUAUCCGAAGCAGCUGCUCAAGCAUUACGCGUUCAACGACAUGCAUGUUCUGUUUCAAUUUCGGGUACCGGCGCCACCGUUUCCGGGAUUGUGAAGCACUCCACACGCGUUGAGUUACGGUCGCGAACGAAUUCUGAAGUGGUCGUCGUGAUCGAGCCUCUUAUUUUGUCACGGCUCUCUAAUUAUGUUCCGCGACGAGUUGUUAAGGCCACUGAGUGGACCGGCGUCGGCCAACUGACAUUGGCUGACCCCGACCCCUGCAGUGACAAACCGAUCGAUUUGAUUCUCGGUGCGGAUUGUUAUGACGAGAUAAUACUUCAAGAUCGGGUGAAGUUUCCCGGAGAACCGUACGCUAUUCAUUCACGAUUCGGGUGGGUGCUGCGCGGCCCGGUGGACGACGGUCCGAUUAAUAUCUUGUCGUCACAUACGACUAUUUCUUCGUUACACGUUACGCCUAAUACCGAUCUGACUCGAGCAAUCGAACGCUUUUGGGAAGUUGAGGAGAUUCCUACAUCGAAACAGUUAUCCGCUGAGGAUAAAUAUUGCGAGGAACUCUUCGUCGCGACCACUAAUCGUGAUGCGUCCGGAAGAUAUAAUGUUGCGUUACCCUUUAAGGAGGAUAUCCCAAUUAAUAUUGGGGAUUCUCACAAAAAUUCGCUCCGCAUGUAUGAAACUUUGGAGCGUCGCUUAAGGAAGGAUCGACAGUUAUCUGUUGAGUACAAUAAUUUCUUAUCCGACUAUUUAAGAUUGGGGCAUAUGAGCCCAUAUACACCCGCGGACCUCGAGGAACAGAGAUGCUUUAUCCCGCAUCAUCCUGUAUUAAAACCGAGUAGCACUUCGACGAAGGUGAGAGUCGUAUUCAACGCGUCUGCGCGCACUGGCAAUGGGCGGUCUCUCAAUGAUUGUCUCCUUAUUGGACCAAAGUUGCAAGCUGAUCUUUGUGCCAUAUUAUUACGUUGGCGCUGGCCCCGGUAUGUGUGUGCCGCCGACAUUGCGAAAAUGUUUCGACAAAUUCGCGUGCACUAUGAUCAUACGCGUUUUCAAUUAAUUCUCUGGAGGAAAUCGGAGAAAGAUGUGGUUACUCCUUAUCGGUUACGGACGGUGACUUAUGGCACCGCUUCUGCGCCUUUUCUGGCACUGCGCGUCUUGCGACAGUUAGCAGAGGACGAGAAGCAUCGCUUCCCUCUGGCUGCCGAGAACGUCGUCUUCAAUUCGUAUGUUGACGAUAUAUUUUUUAGCGCGUCGGAGAUUGAAGAUUGUCGCGAGAUUCGAGAGCAAAUGAUCGGACUGACCAACGCGGGCGGGUUCCCUCUACACAAAUGGAGUUCCAAUUGUCCGGAUUUAAUCUCCGAUCUAUCCGAAACAGUUCGCGACCCUGCACAAGACAUAGAUUUUAAAGAGGAUGAUCAACUGAAAAUCCUUGGCAUUUAUUGGGCACCACUUGAGGAUGCCUUUAGCUUUCGUAUUGCUUCAGAGAUUCCGACUCAUUUAACUAAACGCACCUUUCUCUCGCAUAUAUCGAGAAUUUAUGAUCCAUUAGGUUGGCUGUCGCCUGUCAUCAUCACCGGUAAGAUCCUCAUUCAACAGCUAUGGCUGUCUGGGAUCGGGUGGGACACGACCCUUCCUUCGGACUUGAAUGAUCGAUGUCAAUCUUUUUGCAACGGACUCACUACGCUUGCUACUAUUAGUAUUCCGCGCUGGGUGAAUACCCGAAGGGACUCAAGUAUCGAGAUUCACGGUUUCGCGGAUGCGUCCCAGGCCGCUUACGCUGCCGUGAUUUAUCUCAGAAUAAUCUAUACUCACAAAGUUUAUGUAUUUUUGUUAACAAGUAAGAGCAAGGUUGCUCCUUUGAAAACGGUCUUGGUUCCACGUUUGGAACUCUGCGCCGCCGAGCUCUUAUCGCGACUCAUUGUUUGGACAACUACAGCGCUGAAUGUGGAGCAAGUUCCCGUCUACGCCUGGACGGAUUCCACGGUCACAUUGGCUUGGAUUAAUAAGCCUCCGACUACGUGGAAGGUUUUCGUAGCGAAUCGGGUGUCUCUCAUUCAAACGCAAUAUCCUAAAGCCAAUUGGCGACACGUUCCUACGCAGGACAAUCCUGCGGAUCUAGCGUCUCACGGAGUCUCUCCGACUCAAUUAAUAGAAAGUCCACUAUGGUGGUAUGGGCCCUCAUGGCUCUCCGGUGAGCUCGAAACUUGGCCCUCUGUUGGCGCUUCUGAUAGCCUGCCGACUUCUGAUCUUGAGGCUCGGUCAGUCAUUAUUCAUGUCACCAACGUAUCAGAGUGGGAACUAUCCACUCGUUACUCUGAAUGGAGCAAACUACUCAAGGUGACCGCGCUGAUCUUACGCUUCGUGAAGCUGACAAAACGACAGCUUCCCCGUACGAAGCUAUUAUAUACCACGCAGUUGAUGACGGAGGCCAAGACCUUUUGGAUCAAAUCUAUGCAAUCGUCUUUAUAUACGACAGAACUCAAUUUAUUGCGAGCCGGGAAAAGAUUACCGCGGUCGAGUUCGUUAUUACCAUUAGGUCCGUUCAUUGAUGAUGACGGAGUUAUUCGUAUGGGAGGCAGAUUGAUGCACGCUCCAUUGACAUUCGCUCAGAAGCAUCCGAUAAUCCUUAGCCAGACACCGCUAACGCGCAUAAUAGUGCGUGAUGCACACUUGCGCUCUCUACAUGGGGGAACGUCGUUGACAUUACGUCUACUCCGGGAGGAGUAUUGGAUACUACGAGCAAAAAUAAUUGUUCGAUCGAUUAUUGGUCAGUGUGUCAUCUGCUCUCGACAUCGGGCAAACUUGAGCAAGCAGAAAAUGGCUCAUUUGCCUGAGAUACGAAUUAAUGUGGCGCGUCCGUUUAUGAAAGUCGGGAUAGAUUAUGCCGGACCUUUGCCAGUGCGCGCCUUCGCCGGACGUGGUCAUCAAUCCCGUAAAGCCUAUAUGGCCCUUUUCGUAUGCUUGAUCACCCGUGCGGUGCAUAUAGAACUCGUUACCGAUUUGUCUUCCGCUGCAUUCAUCGCCGCUUUUCGACGAUUUUGUUCGCGCCGUGGGAUUCCUGCGAUAGUAUUAAGCGAUAAUGGAACUAACUUCCGUGGCGCGCAAACGGAAUUGUACCGUAUGUUUUACGCUGGUAUGUGCGAUGGUGCCGUAGAAUCGUCUAUGGCCUCGUUAGGCAUAGAAUGGCACUUCAUUCCAGCCUCAGCUCCGCACUUUGGCGGCAUUUGGGAGGCUGGAGUAAAGUCGGUGAAACACCACUUGAAGCGGAUAGUUGGCGUCCACACACUUACCAUUGCCGAACUAGAGACACUGUUGUGUCAGGUGGAGGCCUGCUUGAAUUCGCGACCAAUCGCUGGACUCUCGAAUUCACCCGACGAUCUAUCUUAUUUGACAUCCGGUCACUUCCUGACCGGCGCUCCACUUCUAGCGUUGCCUGAUGCUUCGCUCUUGGAGCGUCCGGAAUCGAGAUUGUCCAGAUAUCAGCUCAUUCAGCAGAUGCGCGACAGAUUUUGGCAUGUUUGGCGACUGGAUUUCCUAAACUCAUUAUAA